AUGGUUACUGAAGAAGGAUCUUCAUCUUCUUUGCCGAUUGUUGGUCAUAAGUAUGACGUAUUUAUUGAAACAGGGGAAGAUCUGAAACCUGAAUUGGAGAGUGCGAUUAAAGCAUCUAGGGUUUUUCUUAUCGUUUUGUCGAAGAAUUAUGCUGGUUCCAAAUGGUGCCUUGAGGAAUUGGUGUUGAUCCUCGAGCAACGUAGGACAUUAAACCAUAUUGUUAUCCCCAUCUUCUAUGAUGUUGCGCCCACUGCUGUCAGGAAGCAACUAGGUAGCUUUGGAGAUGCGAUUGCUAAGCAUAAGCAGGCGAUGGAGGCGGAGACAGAUGCAGAUAAAAGAAGUCAAUGGGCUCAUAGGGUUGACCGAUGGACUAAAGCGCUUGGAGAAGUUGGUAAUUUAUUUGGUAUGAGCGGAGAUGCCGGGCAAGAGGCGGAGCUCAUUCAAAUUAUUGUCGAGUACCUCAAGCGUAGAUUAUGCAUAUCCUCAUGGAGUCCUCUGCCCUUAGAGAUACAGCAACCGAACCACUCCGAAAUCCCCCUCCAGGCCAUAAAUAAUUGUACCCAAAACUUCAACAAAAGAAACUUCAUCGGGAAAGGUGGAUACGGAAAUGUCUACAAAGGAAACCUCACUUGGGGAGCUCAUGUAAACAAACUAGUUGCUGUAAAACGGUUAGAUGUCACUGGGUUUCAAGGUAGCAAGGAGUUCCACACCGAGCUAACAAUGCUUUCACAACAUCAUCACAAAAACAUUGUGACUCUGAUAGGGUUUUGUGAUGCUAACAAGGAAAUGAUCCUUGUAUAUGAAUAUGCAAGCCAUGGAAGCCUCGACAGACAUUUGCUUAACCCUUAUGCUCGACUAACAUGGCUACAACUCCUCAAAAUAUGUGUUGACAUUGCUUCGGCAUUGGACUAUCUUCAUAAUCAUGUAGCAGACAAGCACAGAAUAAUACAUCGCGAUAUAAAAAGCGCGAAUAUUUUGUUGGACGAGAAUUGGAAUGCAAAACUUGCGGAUUUUGGGUUGGCUAAGAUAGGACUCGCUAAUCAACAAAACACAUUUGUGAUAACUAAUCUUGCGGGGACACAUGGUUAUUGUGACCCACAAUAUAGAAGAACAGGUUUUUUAACAACAAAAUCUGAUGUAUAUUCGUUCGGUGUGGUUUUGUUUGAAGUUUUGUGUGGAAGGUUGGCAUGUGAUGUAAAUUACAAUGACCAACAUCGAUUCCUUUGUUUUUUUGCUCCAACUUGCUACAAAAAUGGAGAGUUAGACAAGAUUAUUGAUCCAAGAAUAAAGGAAGACAUCAAACCAAGUGCAUUGGUCAAGUUUUCAGCUAUUGCUUAUCGAUGCUUGCUAGAAACUCGUGAAGAUCGGCCUACGAUUGCUGAGGUUGCAUUCCAACUAAAGGAGACCAUGAAAAAUCAAUUAGAAGAUGGUUUCCUCUGAUGAAUUACACGUCAGGGCAUUGGAAUAAGGUGUGUCACAUCGCCUAUAAACCUAUUGAUGAGGAUACAUGUCAAGGCAUGAGAAUGUGGCUUGUUAAUGUCUUAGUGGAAUAGAAGAAUGUUGAAACUAGUGAUUUCAGUAAGAAACAAGAUGGGAAGGGCAAGAGAAUAGAUCUGAAGGAAAGGUUACAUUCAUAGCCCCUAAAAUUUGGGAUUAGUGACAGAUUAGUGACGGAUAACGACAGAACCUCAACGGAUUAAUAUUCCAGGACCGCUUCAUGACACGGGGUCUGUGCAGUCGCACACCCAACAACUCCUCAGGGCGGCCGUUUACAGCAAUGUGUUGCAAAUGUUAUCAUUGAAGAUUGUCUUCUUUGUUUAGAAAUAGAGGGCCUUCCCCUAUCAAUGUGGUCUCUUGAAUUUGUUUCACUAUUUCUAAUGUUUGGCUUUUGGUUCUAAUAGUAUUAUACAAUGCUUGAUCCUGUUUUCUCUUCUCUGCUUUACUUGUUUUAUGCCGAAUCAGCUAUCAUUUUCGUGAUAGUGGUUAUGCUGCUAAUUACACAUAUAUAUUAAACAUGCAGUUAACCUAUGAAAUAG